CGGGGGUUGGGUACUUAGUAGUCACUUUUUCGUUGUCUACUGUCUUUCGACUCUUUUCGACUUGAUCUAUGGAGGUUUUCUAGGGCUUAGCAUACCCUGUUGUACUGCCCUGUCUACCUAACCUGACCCUGAGCGGCGGCUGUGAUCUGUGAUCCACCACCGAGUCUCGUCUGGCCAUCCAACCUAACUGAUCUAUUUGACAGUCGCUUAUUCGUUGCGUCGCAUCUUUCUCGCGUGUUGCUUUUUCAGCAUACCAUGUUGGUAGUUAGUCACUGCAGAUACUUACCUGCCAACUAUUUAGUUUUGCCAACGAACCCUGCAAAUCAACAACAGGAAGCCCAGGGAAGUCAGGCUGAGGUAACACUUGUAACUGCAUGUAGAGGGACGGCGUAUGCAGGUUUUCCGACAGAAAAGGCAAGACAAUACAAGACAGGACAAGACAGCAAUAUGAUGGAGGAUGGUCGGAUGGUCAUCCAUGAUCCGUCCGUCUCUACUACCUGCUGUGUUGCAACACAACAACAAGGGGCAGGCCACCAGGGUAGAUACCCCUGUCCGAUUGGUCACCGGCCCUUCUUACGUUUAAAGGUUCAACCGCUUUUCGGAUGAUCACUCUCUCAUCCAAUAUAAAAAACCAAGCCACUCCUUCUAAGCCCUCACAUUUCUGUUUACCAAGUUCUAGCCCUUGUAUAACGUUCUUAAAAGAGAACCUCUUCCCUUGUUCUCAGGGCCUUGUCCUCCAUUUCAUCAACCUCGUACCUUUGGUUCAAGUCGUUCACGCCCGAUAUCUGCGUCACCUCGUAUAUCAUAACGAACUGCCCCCGUUCAGUAGCUGGGAUUGAUAAUCUCAACGAGAUUUCACAACACUCCGAAUUGAUUGUCAAGAAAUGGUCUUUGUGCCCUCGCUGAGGCUGCUUGCAGUCUCACUCGUUGCCCUCCUCGAGCCAGUAUCCGCGAUAUGGCCGGCACCGCAGAGCUUCACCAAGGGCAACUCAAGUCUGUACUUGCAUCCGAAGAUCAACGUUACCUAUAAUGGAGAACCUCUCGUCUACAAAGAAGACUAUUUCGCCUCAAGCCUGAGCAGCAAAGAGAUCGUCCAUGCCGGCGUCUCGCGCGCACUGGGCUCCAUCUUCUCCAGGAACAUCGUCCCCUGGAUGCUCCAGCCCCGCGGAAAGCUGUCUGAAUUCGAGCCCGACCUCUACAAGGGUCAGAACUGGAUCAAGUCGCUCGAGAUCGAUCAGACGGCCAAAGAUGCCAAAACCGCCUUCAAACCCGCACUGGCCGGCGAGGUCAGCGAAGCGUACAGCCUCACCCUUAGCGUCGAGGGCGACGUCAAGCUGACGGCUGACUCUUAUAUCGGCGUGCUGCACGGCCUCGAGACGUUCACGCAGCUCUUCUACCAGCACUCGACCGGCACAUCGUGGUACACGCCGUACGCGCCCGUUGAGAUCAAGGACGAGCCCAAGUACCCGCACCGCGGCAUCCUGCUCGACGUUGCGCGCACAUUCAUGCCCGUAAAGAACAUCCUCCGGACCAUUGAUGGUAUGGCCACCAGCAAGCUCAACCGGCUGCACGUGCACGUCACCGAUUCGCAAUCAUGGCCGCUUCAGAUCAUCUCCAUGCCUGAGGUGGCCGAGAAGGGCGCCUACCAUUCGAGCCAGACGUACUCGCCCGCCGACAUCGACCUCAUUCAGAAGUACGGUGCCCUCCGGGGCGUGCAGGUGUACUUUGAGAUCGACAUGCCGGGCCACAUCGGGUCCUUGUCGCUCUCGCACCCGGACCUUAUUGUCGCAUAUGACCAGUGGCCGUAUCAGUGGUACUGCGUCGAGCCUCCUUGCGGCGCCUUCAAGCUCAACGACACCAAGGUCGACGACUUUCUCGGAAAGCUGUGGGACGAUCUGCUGCCCCGCGUUGCGCCGUACUCGGCCUACUUCCACACUGGCGGGGACGAGCUGAACAGGAACGACUCAAUGUUGGACGAUGGCAUCAAGUCGAAUGAUACUGAGGUGCUGCGCCCGCUGCUCCAGAGGUUCGUCGAUAAGCAGCACGAGCGCAUCAGGAAGGAGGGCCUGACGCCCCUCACUUGGGAGGAGAUUCCGAUCGAGUGGAAUGUCAAUCUUGGCAAGGAUGUCGUGGUGCAGACGUGGCUUGGUCAGUCUUCGGUCAAGAACUUGACCAGCAGAGGCCACAAGGUGAUUGAUAGCAAUUACAACUUUUGGUACCUCGACUGCGGCCGCGGCCAAUGGCUCAACUUUGACAACGCCGACUACGCCGCCUUUUCGCCCUUCCUCGACUGGUGCAGCCCCUACAAGAGCUGGCGCCACGUCUAUUCGUACGACCCAGCCGCCAACCUGACCGAGGAAGAGGCCAAGCUCAUCCUCGGCGGCGAGGUGGCCGUAUGGGCCGAGUCCAUUGACCCCAUUGCCCUCGACACCAUCAUCUGGCCGCGGGCCAGUGCUGCUGGCGAGGUUCUCUGGUCCGGACGCAUCGACCCGGCCACUGGCCAGAACCGGACGCAGCUCGAUGCGGCGCCGAGGCUGUCGGAGCUCAGGGAGCGCUUGGUCGCCAGGGGCGUGCAGUCGUCGUCCGUGUACAUGACGUGGUGUACGCAGGAUCCGACGGGCAAGUCGUGCGAGUAUCCGCGGGUUUGAGAACGGAACGGAGGGUCGCGUGGUGACUCGACCGUGCCGUUGCUGGAUACGGAUGAUACAAUCGAAUUGGGUUGCGGCGUUCUUUGGUUUAAUGACGCAGUAAGGGACUAGGAGGGCCUUGCGCUGCUUGUGUUUUGUUCUUGCGGCUGUGAACAUAGCUUAGUCGUAAUCAACAUCGGAACGUUUCGAAAAUUGCUCUACAUAUCAUGGCUUUUCUGUGACACUUGUCCAGCA